AUGAAGUCUUCAAUGUUCAUCCUCACGGUGCUUGCCACUAGCUUCACCGCAGCCGAGGUCAAGAAGGAAGACUACUUCCCCGAGUGCUCCAUCGAUUGCCUCAACGACGGCACCGAAAAGGCCACAGACUGCUCAGCCACUGAUGCCGUCUGCUGGUGCGUCCAGUCCAACUACGAGGCCAUCUACAACCAGGCGCUCGCCUGUGUCUUGAAGGAGUGCGGCGCUGAUAAGGCCACUGAGUCGGUUCUCCCUGCCGCCAUCGAGUUCUGCUCGGCUGCCUCCUCGUCUACCUCAGCCCUCGGCGGCACUGAGACUGGCAAAAGUUCGCCCAGCUCAUCAAUUGACGAUACCGAUAACACCAGCACCAUUUCGAUUGUCACCACUACCUCGGACACCGAGUCGACUUCCACCCCCAGCUCCUCCACAUCCGGAUCCGCAUCCACGCCUACCUCUGACUCUGCCUCUGCCUCGGGCUCGGGCUCUGACUCGGGCGCCGUCGUUAGCACCACCGCCAGUACUGAUGCUGCCGCCGCUAUGGGGACCAUGGGCGUCUUGGGCGUGCUGGUUAUGGGUGCUGUUGCUGCCCUGUAG